AACAAUGCUGCCCAGCACAGUGACUAUCGCACGCAUAUAUCGAUAAAUGAAGAUCAAUAUGAAAGCGCGCGAGCUUUAAUCAGAUUUGUCCGCCUAUAGAAAACUAACGGAACUGAAAGUCUCUGUGAAUUUGUUAUUCUCCGAAAAGCCGCGCAGUUUUCUUUUAUGUGGUUAAAGCUGUGUGACUUACCUUAAGGAACCAAAAAAUGCACGAAAUAGAGGAUUUGAAAUUGUUAGAUCAGCAGCUAUCGAAAAUAGCUCGCGAAAGAUAUAAUUGCCGAAAAAAGAAUACAACUUCGUUUGUUUUAUGCACAAAUGAAAUGGCCAACGAAGACGAGAAAGUCAAACAAUGCAACCCAAAGAAAAAACAACAGCAACUUUUAUCCCUGAUGCGGACUUUGCCAUAUUAUCCGCCGAGUAACGAAAUGCUACAGGCAAACACAAACAAGAAUUUGUGCGCAAAUAAUAGUGUCUUCGCCGAAUUCAUGCAGACCAAACGCUUGGAGUUUUACAAUGUGUGCUCCGUGAUGCAAACGCUGUUAACCAUAGAGGAUCUGUCCACUAUGGAGCUGUACGCCCAACUGAUCCAAAUUGAUGUGCCUGUGCAGCGGGUCUCCAAGCAGAAAUAUGAAAUUACACUCAAGAGCACGCCCGUGAAUGCAGAGGACUUUGUUGCUCCCAAUGUGGACGAAGUGGUGCUGGUGCCCAAGGCAAGCCUGUUGGCAUCUCCACUACCCAAACAAUUGGUGCUAGCCUUGCUUCCGCAUCCUCAUGAAGAUUUGGAGCCGGACGAUCCAAUGUUCCGGCAUGUGGCUAGUGUGGAGCAGGUCAGCUGCACCUCUGUUCACUUGCGAUUCAGCCGAAAACACAAAGCGGUCUUGUCAGGACAGCGCUUCUACGCCAUAAUCCGCUCCAGACGCCUUACAAUGCGAUACAUGUAUCGCGCACUCGAUCUGCUCCAGGAGAGCCCCUUGGUGCGCCGCUACCUAUUUCCGUUUCCCAGCUGGCUGACCCAGCUUGUGGACAAUUCUCAGAUUAAGGUAUGUCAGGACGGCAAUCUGCCUAGUUGGAUGCAAGGAAGGCCACAAGAGCCGGCUACUCCAACCUCGUUCUCUCUUCUUAAUUCGACCAUCAAUUCUAACGCUGAGCAGUUAGAGGCCGUACAACGCAUUGUUGCGGGACCAAGUACCCAGGGACCAUACAUUCUGUUCGGACCACCAGGCACUGGUAAGACCACUGCCAUUGUGGAGGCCAUUCUACAGCUGCGCCUUCGACAACCACAUAGUCGUAUCCUCGUAACCGCCGGUUCGAACUCAGCAUGUGACACAAUCGCCCUGAAGCUUUGCGAGUAUAUAGAAAGCAACAUCCGUCUCCAGAAGCACUUUGCCCGACAGAAGCUGCCCGAACCCGAUCACCAGUUGAUCCGCGUGUACUCGCGCUCCAUUUAUGAGAAGGGCCUUGCGUCCGUGCCGCCACUGCUGCUGAAAAAUUCCAAUUGCUCGAAGGGCAUCUAUGAGUAUAUGGGAGCUUUACGUAUUAUAAAGUACGGCAUAACCGUGGCCACACUCUGCACAGUGGGACACUUCGUCACUGAUAACCUUGGCAGGUACAACUACUUCACCCACAUUUUCAUCGACGAGGCGGGCGCUUCCACUGAACCCGAGGCCUUAAUCGGUAUUAUGGGUAUUAAGCAGACAGCAGAUUGCCAUGUGAUUUUGUCCGGUGAUCAUAAGCAGCUCGGCGCCGUGAUAAAAAGUAAUCGGGCCGCUUCUUUGGGAUUAAGCCGGUCUCUAAUGGAGAGGCUCCUCCAAUCCGAUUGCUACAAAUCUGAUGAGAAUGGAAACUACGAUCGCACCCUGCAGACGCGUCUAUGUCGUAACUAUCGAUCCCAUCCGCAGAUUGUGCGCCUGUUUAAUAGGCUCUACUAUAACGGAGAGCUAAAAGCUCAGGCUCCUGCUAUUGAUGUGAAUCUAGCUGCCAAAUGUAGCGUUCUACCGAAUCCACAGUUCCCGAUAAUAUUUCAGGCCACUCAUGGAGUAACCAACCGGAAGCAGAACUCCACCAGCUCUUACAAUUCUUUGGAGGCAGAAGUUAUAUGUUGGUAUGUAAAACGCCUGAUAAACGAUCGCCUGGUCGGACAGGAGGACAUCGGAAUUAUUGCGCCGUAUACGGCUCAGGGUAAACUAGUUACCAAGCUACUCCAAAGACAGGGACACCCAAAUGUAGAGGUGGGCAGCGUGGAGACCUAUCAGGGUCGCGAAAAGACCAUAAUCAUUGCUUGUUUGGUUAAAUCAUUUACAAACAUGGGAUUUAUUCGCAGUCCUCGUCGUGUAAACGUUCUUCUGUCCAGAGCUAAAGCACUUCUGAUCUUGGUUGGCAAUCCGGUCACCCUUCGUCAUCAUCGGGACUUCAAGUUUGUAAUCAAAGAGUGCAAAAAACAUGGCACAUAUCUCUUCAAGAAGAGGGGCUCUGAGCAGAGACUGAACCACAUUAAGGCAGAUGAAUCGAACGAGAGGUCGAGCAGUGAGCCGGAGGACGAAGACGAGGAGCUUAUUCCUUCGUAUGCCAGUAUGCCACAGCGCACUAAUGUGGACAUUCAGAAAAUCAAAGCGCACCUGACCAAUGAGCUUAAGAUAUUAAUGUCAAAAUUGUCGAUAUAUAAUAUUGAAACGAUCAACGGAUCUUAAAAUCUGCGCCUGCGUUUUAUAACUGAAACUGCAGUAAUUGUAAGACUUAUGUAUAAGCUGUAGACUAAGUGGAAAAUGUAAAAGUUCAAGGCGUUAGUGUGUCCAUAAUAUGAUCCUCUUGAAGAGAUGUGAUGAAACCAAAUCAAAUUUAUUCGAUGCUCAGGCAGCACCAAAAUAUUCUAAGCUAUCCCACAUCUGUAAACCUGAAGUUUUUGUUUUGUUUUAAUGUUAGUUUCUGAUAACAAUAGAUAUAGACUACGUUACGAAGAAGAAUAUCCAAGAUAUUCCAUUUGGCGUCCUGCAAGUGGAAAAAGAAAAACGUUUGAUUCAAGCUUUGUGUAAGAAAUGGACCAAUGGAAUCCAAACGGAUGCGUUCUUAUGAAUGUUAAGUCAAAUUCGUCAUUUUAAUCAAGUUUUUUUUUUUUUAUAUUCAACCAAAUCGGUGAUUCGAAUCCAUAUUUAUCAUAUAUAUUUAUAUAUAUUUAAGCAGUGUCUAUAUAAUUAGUAAAAUACAAAUACAAUGGAGUUGCUGCGUUAGGUAUUGAAAAAAUGUUUAAA